AAGCGGAGGCUUCUCUUUCUCCUUCCUGCUCCAGACCCUGACAGCUCCAGGGGCAGGGCCCGGGAAUCCGCUCCGGCGGCGGUAGCGGGAGGAGGAGGAGGCAGUGCAGGAGGAGGGGGGAUACACAGCAACCCCAACAUGUCCUCCUCCAGCAGCCAGCACAGCACCGAGCUCCAGUCCGAGCUCUAUUUCCUCAUUUCCAGAUUCCUGGAAGAUGGACCCUGCCAGGAGGCAGCUCAGGUCCUGAUCCGAGAAAUGGAAAAGAAGGAGCUGCUGCCUAGGAGGGUGGACUGGACCGGCGAAGAGCACACCAGGACUUACCAAAAUUUGCCGGUGUCAGAGGAAGCUCCAGGUGUGGCUGAUGAAAGGGUCUCCCCCUGUGAUUGGGGCACCGAAUUUUCCAGUGACAUGAUGGGAUACUGGGGGAGCCAUCUGCAAUCAGCCCUAAGGACCACCUAUUAACCCAGUUUUCGCCCUUCUGACCAGGCCUAAUUUUGCAAAUCUGACGUGUCAAUUUAUGUGGUAAUAGCUUUGCAACACUUUUACUUAUCCAAGCCAUUCAGAGAUUUGUUUUCCCGUGACACAUUG